AUGGCUUCGACUUACGCCGUACCUCCCGCUUCGUUCCACGAUGGGCAAGCGAGCGAGCCCCGCAACUCCUCCCCGCCAAACAGCAGCAGCCAAGGAAGACCGACGGUCACUUCAUUUGACCCAAGCCAUCUCUCGCCCUCGUCGCAGUUCCAGAGCAGCUCGGUUUCGCCCGGCUUUGGCGAAACCCCAGCCGAGUCUGUCUCCAACUUCAGCCAGUAUCAGUCGAGCGAUUUCAGUGAUAUCGACGAUGGACUCGAUCCUUUCUUCGGCGUUAGUUUCAACGCAACGGAAGCUGGCACGCCCUCCUUCCUGGACCCCCUAAGCCGUACCGACAGCUUUGGCCAGUCCACCAUCUCCCAGGCUUUCAACAGUUCCCAAGCACGUAGCAGAGCCCUGGACGCCAACACCUAUCCGUUGACCCCCGACCAAGCUUCGCUUCACACAACCUCGCCUGGUUGCGACGGAAGGACGACUGCCAAGUCUGUGCCUGAUCGAAUGCCCACUUCCAUUUCGCCGCAGGAGCUGCAGAAGCCUUUCCAGCCACCCCCGAUUUCUACCUUGGCCGUGCAGCCCGCACCCCAGCUGACGCCGAACACCAGCGGGAGCGGCCGUUCGAGCGAGGACAGUACCGCGCCAUCUCCCGCCAUGGUGGCUGCUCAGAGCCCGCGUGUGACUGUAUCCAUGUGGGGCAGAGACGCAGCAGAGCCCGUUCAAUCGAUUGAGCGUACAUUCACGCCCGAUGAAGAGAACUCAUCUACGGCACAUGGUGGCAUCAGCUCUGCGGGUGACCUGAUCCCUUCGCAAGAACAUGCUGCAACCAAGGCACACCCGCGACGCUUGUCGGUCACCCGCCAAGGCCUAGACCCGGAUAACAGGCCGUCCACGGAGAUAGCUAGCGUCAACGAAAUGGUGACUCGUCGUGAGAUUGAGGAGAAGAACCAGGAAGUUGAUCAAUGGCUGUCCCGCAGCUUGCAUGGUGCCCCGGUCGCGGCGCCGCCUCAACAAGAGACCAACCUGCAUACUAGCCCUGAGGCCAUAGCUGGCGACGAUGACAUCCGCCUUGGCGAUCGAACCGAGAAUCGCUAUCAGCCUGGUCAGACUUAUUUCACUGCCCGCGGUGGCGAGAUGACGCCAACAGACCUACACAUCAUGCGUUCCAACCGCGUAUGGGGCGAUUCACCCGUCGUACACCCGAUCAGCGGACCAGGCACGGAGAGAUAUCAGCCAGAGUCUUCGCAAGCUGCGAUUGCUAGAUUCAGACAAAUGUGCGACAACGAAUCCAUCGUUUCCAAGGCGGCCACAUGGGGCACGCGCAGACGCAGUCUACCCAGCGUCAUCGACAUGGACAUGGAGAACGUCACCAGUGGAAAUUUGUUGAAGAAAUUGUCCAUCAGCAGAGGUGAGGGCGGCCGCCGCCCAAGUAUUCUCAAGGACUUGCGCGGCUUGGUCCGCAGGCCGAGUGGCCAGCGACUCAAACGGUCUAGCAGUACCAAUGGGGACGAGCAUGUCAAGUCGGAGCGUCCGCCCCCUGAGAAACGCGAAAGCUUGCCUCAUCUUCUACCUACUGCUCGCGCAGGAAGUUGGAGCAAAACCAAGACACAGACACCCAGUAUCAACACCGCUCUCAUCUCGAUGGGUAGCAGUGUGGCUUCAAUCGGAACUACUCACGCCCGCAACGGGUCGAUCGGCGGUGCAACGGUCACAUCGCCCAAGAGCCCGUUGAGCCCUUUUGCUAGCCUUCAAGUCAAGAACACCCUUCGAAGGCCCAGAAGCAAGUCGGACCUGCCAAAAGCCAGCGGAGCCGAAACGCAUUCGAGUCUUGUUGGCAUGUGGAGGAAGACAGGUGGCCCACCCGUUGCCGUCCUUGCGAAGGGAAACUCUACCAACAUUGAUGUGGACGACGAAGACGAAGAUGAGGAUGAACUCUACGAGGAUGGCGACAUGAAUGCCGAGUCCAGCAAGCUGAUUGAAGGUGUCUCGCCAAACUUCGCGGGCUUCCAACAGCAUGUGCUUCGUCUCAACCCGGACCUGGCAACCACUAACAACUACCUGGUUGAUCGUAUCGCUCACCACCAGGUCGUUCGAUACAAGAGCCUUCUCAACGCCAAAGUCAAACACCUUGGACUGGGUCAAGCCUGCUCAUGCGGGACCUUCUGUCUGGCGCGUGGCGGUCGUCCUGUUCUGCUCGACCAGAGAGGAGAUGUGCGCGAUCUCGAUCCGCUUUCCACCGGGUUUGAAGCCGGUGAUGGCGACUCAACUCCUGUCGAGGGAGCCAUCACCAAAGAUAGCUUCCCGCAGGACAUUCCUAUGCCGCCUACGCAGUCCCUGCCAGCCGAAUUUGAGUGCCAGCUCUGCUUCAGCUUGAAGAAGCCCAAGAAGCCCUCCGACUGGACAAAGCAUGUCCACGAGGAUGUACAGCCUUUCACCUGCACUUGGGACCGAUGCCGUGAACCUAAAAUGUUCAAGCGUAAGGCUGACUGGGUACGCCACGAAAACGAAGGCCACCGUCACCUUGAGUGGUGGACCUGCGAUGUCGAGGACUGCCGGCACACUUGCUACCGCCGAGACAACUUCCUUCAGCAUCUCGUGCGCGAGCACAAGUUUGUGGAGCCCAAGAACAAGACCAAGGCUGCUAUCAAGCGAGCCGGCGCUGUUGACCCAACGUGGCAGAAGGUCGAACAAUGCCGUCACGAAACAUCCAAAAAGCCACAGGAAGAGCCUUGCCGGUUCUGCGGGAGGCAGUUUCCGACUUGGAAGAAGUUGACUGUUCACUUGGCCAAGCACAUGGAACACAUCAGCCUGCCCAUUCUCCGGCUAGUUGCGGCCAAGGAGCUGGAGCCAGACACCAUCAUCAGCCCUGUGCAGGAUCCUCCACCAAGGGCCCCCUUCAGCGCACCCGAGCCCUUGGAUGAGGCGGUCAUCAAGAGCGAAUCUUCUCGGGUCCCUAACUUUGCGCAGCCGACAUCCUAUCAACCUUCGGUCAUGAUGCCCAGCGGCAACGUACCGUAUCAUGGUGGGAACCAGUUUGGAUACGCGGGUGCUACGGGGAACCCGCAGUUCCAGGACUACAUGUACUCCUCACAAUAUCCGAACAACGGCCAACCCACGGCCCAAAACAUGAUGGGCCUGUCACCCAUGACCCAAGGACCUCAAGGGUUUAACCAGCAAUACCCAAAUGCCAAUGGCAUCGGAAUGCCAACUGCACCGUACAUGGGGCCGCAGCAGCAGUACAUGUCGGUGGCGCAGGACACCGAACCCUUUCCCGCACUGGACCACAACGCCCUCGGAUUGCACCAGCCGAACGCGAUGGGCUUGCCGAUGGGCUAUGAUGGGCUCAUGGGACCGGGCAACGUCGACGAGAACCAGUACACCUCUCAGGGGUCGAUCUCGCCCUACUCACACUCUCCCCUCCAAGGCGGCUCAGGUUUCUACCCUGCUCAAUAA